AUGGGUUUGACAGCAAUAAUGCAUUUGAAACUGGCAUUACUGAUCUGCACGGCGGCGGUCACGGCGGUGGCCCAAACAAAACCAGGUUGCAACACCACUUGUGGGAACGUGAGCAUCCCCUAUCCCUUUGGCACUAGCGAGAACUGUUACAUAGACGAAACGUUCUUCCUAAACUGCACAACCACCACGUCCCCAUCAUCUGGAAAACCCACGACAAGUUUGAUUUACGGCACUAAUAUACCAGUUCUCAACAUCUCCAUUGAUCCUCCUGAAUUAACCGUCUCAGCAAACGUUUCCAAACAUUGCUAUGAUUCCAACUUCACCUUUUACUGGAACUCAAUGUGGUUCUAUAACAAGUUUUCUAUGUCAAACACCAAGAACAGGUUCACUGUGGUGGGCUGUGACACUUUCGCUUUCAUCAGGGACCUGAGAAGCAGGUUCAUGACUGGCUGCGUGUUGAGUUGCAGUAACAAGACGAGUUUUGAAGACGGGGCAUGUUCUGGUGUGGGAUGCUGCCAGACCAAUUUCCCCAAAGCCAUCUGGAGCUAUAAUAUCACUUUAUACAGUUCUGAGAACUACACGGACGUGCUUGAUUUUAACCCUUGUGGCUAUGCGUUUAUUGCCAAGGAAGGAUCCUUCAACUUCUCGUAUCGAGACCUGCUUGAUCUCGGCAACAGAACAGCGUUUCCCGUCGUUGUGGAUUGGGUUGUUUCCAAUCAGACAUGUGAUGAGGCCCAGAAAGAUGAAAGCAGAUUUGCCUGCAAGCAAAACAGUAGAUGCAAAGACUCAGAAAGUGGUAUUGGGCAUUACUGCGUUUGUAAAGAAGGUUUCAGAGGCAACCCCUACCUCUCUCACCAUGAUACAGCCUGCAAAGAUAUUAAUGAGUGCGACGGGAACCAUCGCUGCAGUAGGAGAUGCCACAAUGUGGAGGGAAAUUAUACGUGCUCUUGUCCGCCGGGUUAUAGAGGUGACGGCUAUAUUGAUGGAUCAGGUUGCAAAUUUCCUCUCAUGGAAAUUUCAUUGGGCGUUUCUGUAGCCUUUCUUGUUGUCUUCACAUUGAUCUCCACAUUAUGCUGGGGACACAAGCAAAGAGCAUUAAAGCGACUUAGAAGAAAGUAUUUUGAGCAAAAUGGAGGAAAUAUGCUGCAGCAACUUCAUCAACAGCAAGAAUACACUGAUAGAACCAAGAUUUUUACGGAAGAUGAGCUUAAAAUUGCCACAAAUAACUUUGAUGAAAGUAGAAUUCUUGGUCGUGGAGGACAAGGCACGGUUUACAAGGGUAUAUUACCGGAUAAUACACAUGUUGCCAUAAAAAGGUCCAGAAUAGGUGGGGAUCCCAGACAAAUUAAGGAUUUUAUCAAUGAAGUGGCUGUACUUUCCCAAAUCAACCAUAGAAAUGUGGUUAAACUUCUGGGGUGUUGUCUUGAAACUGAAGUUCCUUUGUUAGUUUACGAGUUUGUGGAUAAUGGCACCCUCCUUGACCAUAUAAACCCAACAAAGAAUGAGCACUCUCUUUCAUGGGAGACCCGAUUAAGGAUUGCUGCAGAAACAGCCGGGGCCAUCUCAUAUUUACAUUAUGCUGCUUCUAUUCCAAUUAUCCAUCGUGAUAUUAAAUCUGCCAAUAUACUAUUAGAUCAUAAUCAUAGAGCGAAAGUUUCUGACUUUGGAGCCUCAAGACUUGUUCCUCUUGAUGAAACUCAAAUUACUACUGUGGUUCAAGGGACAUUAGGAUAUUUGGAUCCAGAAUACCUUCUCACAGGUCAGUUGAACGAGAAAAGUGAUGUCUAUAGCUUUGGAGUUGUGCUUGCAGAACUAAUCACUGGAAAUAAAGCAGUUGAAUUCAAUAGGCCAGAAGAGAGAAAUUUAGCUAUGCACUUUGCAUCUUUGAUGAAAGAAGACAACUUGUGGAAGAUUCUUGACAAGCGAGUGUUGGAUGUGAAGAACGCAGAGCAACUAAAGGAAGUUGCUUUCUUGACAAGGAGGUGCAUUAGAGUUAAUGGAGAGGAAAGACCGACUAUGAAAGAAGUAGCGAUGGAAUUAGAAGGUCUAAUUGCUAUGAAAAAGCAUCCUUGGGUAAAGGGAGAGGAUAUGAUGUCUGAAGAAUGUGAAUACUUGCUUGAUCAUGUAGCUGCUGGAUAUAGGAAUGCUAGUGCUAGCACUUCAGCUGGCUUUGACGGUGGAUAUGGGAAUGCUAGUGCCAACACUUUAGCUGGAUAUGAUAGCAUACAGAAACAAAUAGCUUUUGAGAUUGCAGAUGGAGAGAUGGGUUUGAUGAAUGCCUUGCAUUUGAAACUGGUAUUGCCGAUCUGCACGACGGCGGCGGCGGCGGAGGCCCAAACUAAACCUGGUUGCGACAACAAGUGUGGGAACGUGAGCAUCCCCUAUCCCUUUGGCUCCAGCAAGAACUGCUACAUGAAUGAGAGAUUUUUCGUGAACUGCACAACCACCACGACAUCGUCUGGACAAGCCAAAACAAGUUUGAUUUACGGUGUUAACAAACCAGUUCUGGACAUCUCCGUUGAUCCACCUGAAUUGACCGUCUCCAAUAAUGUUUCCAAACACUGCUAUAAUUCAAAGCAUGGGUUGCCGGUGCACCGAAUUCAGUUCGGGAACUUUUCAAUAUCAAACACGAAGAACAGCUUCACAGUGGUGGGCUGUGACACCCACGCUUCCUUCAAGGACCUGAACAGCAGCUUUACAACAGGCUGCAUGUUGAGUUGCACGAGCAGGACGAGGUUCGAGGAGGGGGCGUGCUCUGGUGUGGGAUGCUGCCAGACCAAUUUCCCCGAUGCCAUCAUGAGCUAUAGUAUCACCUUGACGAGUUCUCGCAACUACACGGACGUGCAUAACUUCAACCCUUGCGGCUAUGCCUUUGUUGCCAAGGAAGGAUCCUUCAACUUCUCAUAUCGAGACCUGCUUGAUCUCAGCAACAAAACACAGUUUCCCCUCGUCCUGGAUUGGGCUGUUGCCAAUCAGACAUGCCAUGAAGCCCAGAAAGAUCCGAGCAGCUACGCCUGCAAGCAAAACAGUAUAUGCAAAAGCUCAGAAGGUGGUAUGGGUUACUGCUGCGUUUAUAAAGAAGGUUUCAGAGGCAACCCCUACCUCUCUCACCCCGAUCUUGGCUGCAAAGAUAUUAAUGAGUGCGACGUAAAGAAUCGCUGCAGCAGAAGAUGCCAUAAUGUGGAAGGAAAUUAUACUUGUUCGUGUCCGCCGGGUUAUAGAGGCGACGGCUAUAUCGACGGAUCAGGCUGCAAUUCCCUCUCAUGCAUUUCUUUAGCCUUACUAGUUCUAUUCACAUUUGUCUUCAUAUUAUGCUGGGGACACAAGCAAAGAUCACUAAAGCGACUUAGAAGAAUGUAUUUUGAGCAAAAUGGAGGAAAUUAUAUGCUGCAGCAAAUUUAUCGACAACAAGGACAUACUGAUAGGACCAAGAUUUUUUCCGAAGAGGAGCUCAAAAUUGCAACAAACAACUUCGAUGAAAGCAGAAUCCUUGGUCGUGGAGGCCAAGGUACGGUUUACAAGGGUAUAUUGUCAGAUAACAGGCAUGUUGCCAUAAAAAAGUCCAGAAUUAGUGGAAAUCACAGGCAAAUAAAGGAUUUUAUCAAUGAAGUGGCUGUACUUUCUCAAAUCAACCACAGGAAUGUGGUUAAACUUUUCGGAUGUUGUCUUGAAACUGAAGUUCCUUUGUUAGUGUAUGAGUUUGUAGACAAUGGCACCCUUCUUGAACAUAUAGACCCACUAAAAAACAAGAACUCUCUUUCAUGGGAGACCCGAUUAAGGAUUGCUGCAGAAACAGCCGGGGCCAUCUCAUAUUUACAUUAUGCUGCUUCUAUUCCAAUUAUUCAUCGUGAUAUUAAAUCUGCCAACAUACUAUUAGAUCAUAAUCAUAGAGCGAAAGUUUCUGACUUUGGAGCCUCAAGACUUGUUCCUCUUGAUGAAACUCAAAUUACUACAGUGGUUCAAGGGACAUUAGGGUAUUUGGAUCCGGAGUACCUCUUCACAGGUCAGUUGAAUGAGAAAAGUGAUGUCUAUAGCUUUGGAGUUGUGCUUGUGGAGCUAAUCACUGGAAAUAAAGCAGUUGAAUUCAAUAGGCCAGAAGAGAGAAAUUUAGCUAUGCACUUUGCAACUUUGAUGAAGGAAGACAACUUGUGGAAGAUUCUUGACAAGCGAGUGUUGGAUGUGAAGAACGCAGAGCAAUUAAAGGAAGUUGCUUUCUUGGCAAGGAGGUGCAUCAGAGUUAAUGGAGAGGAAAGACCGACUAUGAAAGAAGUAGCCAUGGAAUUAGAGGGUCUAAUUGUUGUGAAAAAGCAUCCUUGGGCAAAGCGAGAGGAUAUGAUGUCUGAAGUAUGUGAAUAUUUGCUUGGUCACGUGGCUAGCAGAUAUGGGAAUGCUCCUGCUGGCACUUCAGCUGGCUAUAAUGGUGGCUAUGGGAAUGCUAGUGCCGACACUUUAGCUGGCUAUGAUAGCAUACAGAAACAAAUGGAAUUUGAGAUUGCAGAUGGGCGAUGA